GUAAUCAGUCACCAUGGACAAGCUUACUCUUGCUCGUGUCACCAAGGUCAUCGGACGUACUGGAUCCCAGGGACAAUGUACCCAAGUCCGCGUCGAAUUCAUCAACGACCAGAACAACCGUUCCAUCAUCAGAAACGUUAAGGGCCCAGUCCGCGAGGGAGACAUCCUUACCCUCCUCGAAUCUGAGAGAGAAGCCAGAAGACUUCGCUAAGUGUCGGUCUCGACUUGUUGUUAUUUUUCAAUAAAUCUGUU